AUGUCGCUUUUGGUGGUCCCAGUCAAGCGACGUACAAUGUCCCUUUGUUGACCGAGCGUUGAUCCCUUGUCCCCCGUCUCGUCUGAGCAUCAUCCGCUGCCACGUGCGGAUGUUUUCGACAGCCGUGCGACGGGCAUGGCCACAGGUUCACACCACGGGUCCACGCGUCGCUCCUUCAGUUUGGUUCUUUCGUGCUCAACAUGGCCACGACUCGGACAAUCCACCUGCAGCUGGACAAGGUCCUGGAAGAGGUCUUCGUCCUGGGCACUGAGCUGGUCAUGGACAUGUACCAGUUGGCACCGCCUGGCGCCGUGACCUUCUCGGUGAGCGCCAGCGCCGACGUGACGUGCUGGGUGAACACGCCGACCGGCGUGGCCCAGCCCGAGCCACACGGCCGCGUGGCCGUGGGGACCCAGGUGCACGCGCAGGUGCUCACGCCCAGCCAGGAGAUCGGCGACAAGAAGCUGUCCAUUACAUUUUAUGAAAAUGCGGACCAGGCCCUUGCAAAGGCUCAGCUCUAUUUGACGGCCAUCGGCCUCUCUCUGGAUGUGGACGCCGACCGGGAUGGCAUUGUGGAACACAACAACCCCAAAAAGGGGAGCUGGGAGUGGGGGCCCCAGGGACACGGUGCCGUGCUGCUCGUGAACUGCGACCAGGAGAGCGAGGGGGGGGCGGUGGACAACUACGACCACAUCCUGCAGGGCGAGUCGGACCUGAAGGACAUGGCUCCCAUGGUGGUUCGCACGCGCGGUCCCGCCGUACUGCCCCACGGGUUUUGCCUGCAGCUCUACAGCCCCGACUGGAAGCACGUGGGCGUCUUCCACAUGCCAGACCCAAGCAGGGCCGGAGAGGUGAAUCAGUCGCUGGGGCCGGGCAGGCCGAGCUACUCGUUCGAGUACCCGGGUCGUGGCGGAGAGGUGAACCUCUACGUGGAGGGGCUCAGCUUCCCGGACGCCGACUUCAACGGAUUCGUUCACUUCCACCUCAGCCUCCUGCAGGUCAUCCUGCCGGACACGGUCAGCACUCCAAUCUUCACCGACAGCGCGGUGUUCCGCGUCGCGCCGUGGAUCAUGACCCCUAACACACAGCCGGCGCUGCAGGUCAUCAUGUGCAAGGUCGGCAACAACACCGCGUUCGUGAAGGAGAUGCGAAAGGUCGCGGAAAAGGGCAAGUGUAAGGCCAUCAUCCUGGACACGUAUGAGAACGACAUCUGGAUGCAGGACCAGAUGGAGUUCGGCUACUGCGAGUCUCCCAACCGCGUGCUCCCCGUGGUGUUCGAUUCUCCCCGGAAUCGCGAACUCAAGGACAUCCCCCUGCGCAUCAUGGGGCCCGACUUUGGCUACGUGACACGAUGCGCCUACAAGGACGCUGUGAACAGCCUCGACUCGUUCGGAAACCUCGAGGUGUCUCCCCCCGUCGUCGUCAGGGGCAAGAAAUACCCACUCGGUCGCAUCAUCAUCGGCAGCGCCUUCCCCACCGCAGAGAUGGGGCGCAACAUGGCUCGUACCGUGCGCGAGUUCCUGUUCGCGCAGCAGGUGCAGGCGCCCGUGGAGCUCUACAGCGACUGGCUCUCCGUGGGCCACGUGGACGAGUUCAUGAGCUUCGUGCCGGCGCCCGACCGCAAGGGCUUCCGCCUGCUGCUCGCGAGUCCCGACGCGUGUCUCCGUCUCCUCAAGGAGCUGCUCCAGCAGGGACACGGCCAGAGGCGCCUCUUCGAGAGCCGCCCGGAGGUGUUGAAAAGUAAGGGCUCUGCGGUGAUCAGCGAGAUCCUUGUGGAUGAAAAGUUCAAGAUGGAGAACACCUACGUGCAGCGCUGCAUCGACUGGAACCGCGACGUGCUCAAGAGGGAGCUGGGCCUGGAGGAGGCGGACAUCAUCGACCUCCCCGUGCUCUUCCUCCUCAACAAGAGCAAGGCCGAGGCCUACUUCUCCAACGUGGUGAACAUGGUGGUGCUGAACAAGGAGCUGGCCAUCCCCAAGCCGUUCGGUCCGAUCAUCGACGAGCAGUGCGCCCUCGAGACCAGCGUGUGCUCGCUGCUCGAGCCCCUCGGCCUGCGCUGCUCCUUCGUGGACGACCUCCUGUCGCACCACGUGAAGAAGGGCGAGGUCCACUGCGGCUCCAGCACGCGCCGGGCGCACUUCGCCGCCACGCAUUGGUGGGACGUGGGCCCCCUGUGAGGCCCCCGGCCACCACGCGCCCAAGGGGUCGGCACGGUGCCCGCGAGGGCCCCCGCCCUACUGACGGAGAGUUCUGCUGCGUGCGUUUUCGCGUUUUUAUCGUGCUUCGUAGCCCUCUCUCGAUGUGUUUUUUUAUGGUUGCACCGCGCGUUGUCGGGCACGAUGUCUCCGAUGUUUUUUGCAAGCUUCUUCAGUUUCACGAGAGCUCCCGAAGAAGCCGAACGUGUACGUGUUAGCCGACCGUGCUAAUCGGAGGUACAGGGGAAGGACAACAAACAUGGUACAAGAACAUGGUAUGACCCGAAAACACAUUGGAAAGAGGGAGGCUUGCCAAUUCAUGGACAGGUCCAAGCAGUCGCUUACGAGGUCCCCAGCUACCGUACGUGUACAAUGACAUCCUGAUGAACAUGCAUUUUUUUAAAUCUACAAAAUAAACGGACACAUGUCUGUUUCACUAAUGAGCAGCUUACUGUUUAAGUGGGUGAGCGCCAACAUGGUUUCGGGUAAAUAAAAUGAAGCCGAUCUUUCUCUGGCCCUCCUGUGCCCCAUUUAGCCUGCUCAUUACAAUGGGUAUGGAUUGCCUCGUGUAGGCAAGAGGUCUCCAUGAACACUGUGGGGUGGGUCCCUUCACCAUCACCCAGCGACAUGGUGCAAAAGCAUUCGCAAUGUUGCCGUAUUGGAUUUUGAGGUAACGCACUGCAGUAUUAAACAACCUAUAGGCAGAUCAACCAAGAUGGAAUUCUAAUGUGGUGAUGCAGACCUAUUAUUAUUUACCUAUAAUCCACAAUGACAGCAUGGAAAAAAAAUUGUACAAUUUUUAAGUGAUACUCUGUUGAGUUACAUUUAUAAAAAAUUCACGUGCCAUAAGGUGAAUUUGACCAGACGAAUUGAGCGUAGAUUUGGGGGGGGGGGGAGGUUGGAACGCUUUACACUUGCUACGGCAAAUGAUGUCCGUGCAAAAAUAUAUAUUUCCGAACCCAAACUGGCUUUCUUCAGCUGUCCAUUAAGUUUCAGUUUAUUUUGCAUUACUCUGUGAGCCAAGGAGCUCUCGAAUCGUGUUUCAUCAACAAAAAACAACACCACCGCUUCCUCCAACAUACGCAACAAGUGACGGUAAAAAUAAAUCAAUAAUAAACAAUAAAUAAGCGACGUAAAAAAAUAGAUAGCAAAUUGUAAUCGCAAUAUACAAAUUAUCCUAAUUUUUUUUAAUAUAUAUCUCUAAAAACACGAUUUUAAAUCUGCCAUAAUAAUUGUAAUAUAAACUGAGCCUAAAACACGAUGGCAUUAUAUUAAGGAAUAAAAAACAGAAUCCAUAAAAAAAACGUGGUGUAAACGCACAUAAAGUGGUCUCUUACAGGCAAAUAAUAUGUAUGCCUCAUCUAACUCAGAGACACUGGCAGUUCCACAGAUUAAGCAACCUCAUGAACACCCUAACAAUACACACUGUCAGUUUUUAGUUGAUUACAGUGUUAUCAAGUUGUACAUACCUACGCAUGUAGGUAUGUUCAAUGGUUUGUCGGAUGCAGUCCCAGCAUAGUUAUGCACAUCAAAGAGAAAAGCAAAUUCCUCAAACACUUUUAUUCAAACCAAUAUAUAUUUACAUAAAGUCACAAAAAGGGAGCUUGUUUACCCUCUGCAAUAAAAUCACAUUUCAAUAUACCAAAUUAUUGGGCUCUUUAAUAGCAAUGCGUCAUAGAAAACCCUGGUGAGGCUUUGUUCGCCUCGAAAUGUCUCUCUCUCCCCGUGGGUGCGUGGAUUUUUCUCCAGGUCCUAGGGUUGUCCCCUCCAUAUUUAGAAUCAACAUGCGCUUAAGGAGUAUUUGGCUGCUAUAAAUUCCCACGUGACGACCAGCCACUCCGUUGAGCUAUCAUUUGUGGCCAGGUCGCUUCUUAAAAGAGCUACCACAGCUCAAUCGGGGCCUUACCUGGUAAAAUAAAAAAACAUUGGUUUCUUUAUCGUUUCCUCGAGUCUCAUCAGGUGGUUGUGCCCUGUUUAAAAACAUAUUUAGGUGUACAGUACCACCGAAGUAGAUUGUCCAUCAGCAUGUCAUUGUGCGCUGUUUAUGGUGUCCAUACCGUGCGCGCUAAUCCACGCAUAUGCAUGCCCCCCAGGGCCUGUGGCUUACAAGGUUCGGCGAGAAUGUCAUGCGGCCACGUGCGCGGUUAUAGCGGAGGCGGUGGCUUUACCGUGCAUGCUUCACGAUGGUGUCUGUGUUUCCUAGUUACCUUCCCACGCUUCAGCAUCGCUCUUG